UAUAGUGAUAGAUUAACACCUUAGUUGUAUCGUAUAUCUGGCUGUCAAGCAGAAGUGUUGUAUUUGUUAUUGAAUUUUUUAUACUUUUAAGAAAUCACUGUGAUAUGGCAUAAACUAACUAUACUGAAGUUUAGGGCCUUGUGUUACGAGCAUUUUUUUGCAUUUAUUUCAAGGAGAAGGGCCUGUCAUACGUUAUAGCUUAAGUCCAAAGUGAUGCACUCGAUGUACAGUUUACAAUGUAUUUUGUAGGUGGCGCAGGACAGACGUGUGUCGAAACCUUGAGACAAGAAGGCUUCACCGGUCGUCUCAUUCUUAUAUCAAAAGAACCCAAUCGUCCUUAUGAUAGACCAAAGCUGAGUAAAGCUCUUUCUGCAAAAGCCGAAGAUUUGGCAUUAAGAUCACCAGACUACUAUCAGUCUGCCGACAUAGAAUUGUGGUUAAAUCGUGAGGUAACGUCUAUAGAAACGGAGAAACGAUUGUUAACUUGUAGUGAUGGCACUAGCAUUCAGUACGAUGCAAUUAUGAUUGCGACCGGAGGAAGACCAAGAACAUUAGAUAAUGUAGAUCUAAAGAAUAUUCAUUAUUUACGCUCUGUCGAAGAUGCUAAUGUGAUUGCCGAGAAGAGUAGAAAAAAGAAUGUAGUGAUUUUAGGGACUUCAUUCAUUGGGAUGGAAGUUGCAGCUUACUUGGCCGACAAGGCAAAUUCCAUAUCAAUUAUUGGAAAUUCCACCAUUCCGUUUUUAAAUGUUUUAGGAGAAGACAUUGGAAAAGGUCUUCAAAAGCUUCUGGAAGAGCACGAGAUAAAAUUUUACAAUGGAAACGGUAUAGCAGAAUUUGUAGGAAAUAAAGGAAUUCUAACUGAAGUGGUGCUGAAAACCGGAGAGCGUAUACCUGCCGAUAUCUGCGUAAUUGGCAUUGGAGUUUUACCGUCGACAGAGUUCCUUGAAAAUACAAAUAUUAAACUAAAUACUUCAAAGCAGAUUGUAGUCGACGAGUAUAUGAAGACAAACGUGGAUGGCAUAUUUGCCGGAGGUGAUAUCGUCGAAUUUCCACUGACUGUAAUGGAUGCCAGAGUAAAUAUUGGACAUUGGCAACUAGCAAUGGCUCACGGAAGAUGUGCCGCACUGAACAUGCUAAAUAAAAAUGAAAAAUUGCUGACGGUUCCAUUCUUUUGGUCCAUGUUAUUUGGGAAGAGUGUCAGAUAUGCCGGAUAUGGAGGAAAAUUUGAUAAAAUUACAAUGCAUGGCGAUGCACAUAAAUUGCAGUUUGUUGCAUAUUAUAUAAGAGAAGGAAAGGUAGUUGCUGUAGCAUCUAUGAAUAACGAUCCUAUUGCAGCCAAGUUUGCUUCGCUUCUGCUUUCUGGCAAAGCGCUAACAAAAGACGACGUAGAAUGUAGUUCAGAAGAGUGGCCAUGAAGUACAUAACCGGGAAAAUCUGUAUAUAUGCAUUGUUAUAAAACACUUGCUUUUCUAAUCGAAUGAGUAUUUUUAACAAGAAGCUUAAACCGAAUUCUUUUGUUAAGCAUUCCAUUUUUAAC